UGUUGGGGGGGGUCGGUGUCUCUGCGCUACGGUCCGGCGCCGCUCUCUCUGGGCCCGGCUUGGGUGAGCCGCCGGCGCCGCCUCAGGCCGGUCCGUCUCCGAUGGCCGCCAUCGCUCGGGCGCGGAGAGCGCCCGCGGGCGGAGGGCAGGGAUACAGUGAUGCACCCCGUUGGAGAACCAUCAGCGCUGGGCCCAGCGUCUUUCUUCCCCCCAGUGGUAACCUCUCCACAGUUGACACAGAGCUGGAGAAAACUGGAAGAGCUCCCUUCAGCCACAGCAGAUUCCUAAAGGUGCACAACGAAAACGGACGUGGAAGGCAGUGGUGCCAGGUGUCGGGAAGCGCUGAGCAGACAGCGAGCGGAUAUGUGGCAAAGAGCACCCCGGGGAGCACUUCCCAUACACGGUCAAGCUCAGCACUGAGGAGAGUGGCACAGCUAGAAAACAAAAUCAGGAAUCGAAGGAAGCAGAUAGAAUUGCAAAACGCUGACUUAGGCCAGAAGCCUUUGGACGAGGAGUCUCUAUCAUCUGCUUCCAGUCGUGAACAUGGCACAAGGGGCAAGAAAUACCUGAAGAAUUACACUACUGCUGGUGGAAAUACAGCCCUCAGUGAUGCCUGCUCUAAGGAAGAGGAAAGCAUCCAGAGCCCUAAAAAGAAUGUUAUGGUUAAACAACAGCUUGGUUUGGAUAGUGAUGAAGAGGAAAUGAGAGAAUUGAUGGGGUGUUCUUUGGAGUUUUCCAGUGGAAAUGAGAAUCAGAAGAUUGUUGUAAGUGAUUCUAAAUGGAGUGGAAAGAGUAGGGCUCCAGUUUCAUCAGGAAUGCCGCCUCCAUCUCAUAAGGAAAUUUUACCGACAGAGGUAUCUAAAGCAUCUUCCUUUCAUAGCAAAGACUCAGAGAAAAAUGUUUUUGGUAGAGGUAAUUCACCUUCACCAGCCAGCAGAGACCUGUCAGCACUACAUAACGUGAGAUCCCAGUCGCUGCCUUCCAUGAAAGAUGAUACUGUAAAGAUUACUCUGCCCAGAACCGGCAACACCAAGCAAAGCCAAAUAUCACUUGCAAGUGACAGAAGCGAAAUAAAAUCAUUAGAUGACUUAUUUUCAGAAGCAGCUGAUGCAGAAGAUUCAACGAGCAGCAGCUCAAAUGACUUCAGAUUGAAUAUCCUGAGCCUUGAUGAUUUGGCACCAAAUAUCAUUAAUGAGGUAGCAGAAUUAAAGCAGAAAAGGAUAGACCUUGAAAUUACUCAGGAACCAAGCAGAAAUCCAAAAAAUGAUACAUUCCUGGUGGAAAAAGAUCAAACUUCUCUGAAAAUGACAAGUGCAGUAACUGGUGUGAAUGAUGCUUCUGAUGGGAAUAUUGAGAAAACUGUGACUGAAGCAGAAAUCUCUGAGCAUUUAAGUGGAGUUUCUGCAGGUGUUCCUAGACAGGCACGAGAUGAUCUUGAUCAUGAUGAGAGAACUGUUAAUUCAGAAUAUUCUGAAGAUUUUGAAAGGUCCCUGUCUACAACAGACAGGGAACCUGUAUCAAAAAUGUCAGAGGGACAUUCUGAGAGCUGCACAUAUUCUGGAAAACACCCCUCUCCAGCAUCAUUGCCCUCACUUACCAGAGCACAGCGUGACCGGGGACACAGAGUAACUGUCAGAGAAACUGCGGUUCAGACGGUGGAUCCUCCAUUCACCUACUGCUGGUCAAAGAUGAACGCCUCCGCUGUCCUCGACCCACCUGUAGGACACAGUUACGUUGACCCGGUACCUGUUGCCAGUCACACCAUCAGCAUGGAUGCAGUAGAAGCCUUGACAGCAUACAGCCCCUCUGUCCUUGUUUUAAAUGCCAUGUUGAAGCAGCACUUGAUGUUGACUCAGCAGUUUAUAGAGAACAUUCACCACCUUCACUUAUCCCUUGUGGAGUCAUUAGAGAGCGAGAAGUUCCACUACCAUACGCUGGAAGAGGCUAAAGAGUACAUCAAGAACCACAAAUCCCCACCUCUAACACUUGAGCAAGCACGUGAAGAAAUUUGGAAAGCACAGAAGGAAAACCAGCUUUGACUCUUUGAAGUAAAAUUUACAUUUACAGAUCUCAAGGUGGAACGAGAAACCUUUCCAAAUUGCACAGACACAAAGUUACAGUUACAUUUGUACUAUCUUCUUUUAUACACAAUUUAUUUUCCUAUUUCUGAAUUUUGUACUAAUGUACAUGAUCUAGGGAGGGGGAGGAACCUUCAGCCAGAUUGUGCCCAUGUUCUGCAAAAAAGAAACCAAGAAAACACUUACUGUGUUUAUCAUGUAGAUGGGGUGAGCAGUGAUCCCAUCUGUGAUCAGGGUAGAAGUGAAAGUCUGCACACCACCACCCAAGGAACGUGCUCACAGGAGAAAAAUACCCUGUCCUGGCUUCAGUGCCAUAUUUAACCAGUGUUUCUAGAGAACUGGCCCUAUUGAAUAACUGUGGGGGUUGGGGCGUGGAGUAGUGUCAAGCCAUGGAAGGCUUACAGCCACCAUACAGGAAUCCAUUAACUCUGAAAUAUGAGCCAUCAUUUUGUUUUUAUUAAAAAAAAAAAAAGUGUUUAUUGGAAGGCAGAACAAUAAAAUUCACAAGUUGGUAACAUA